AUGUGGCGCCGCUUCAUGGUGGACAAGGUGCUGGUGUUGGCACUGGAAAAGGCCGUGGAGGACAAGCAUCUGGGACGCAUGAGAGGGAAGAUGAAGCUGAAGAAGGGCAAGAUCUACUACAAGAGCAAGAUGAUGGCAAUGUUGAUGUGGAGGGUCAGGGCGAAAAUGAGGACCAAAAGGUACUUCUUCACGGCCGAUGUCAUCACCCCUGACUUUACGGCGACGGAGAGUGCUGUUCUUGGACAAGAUGAUGAUCAGCUUGCUGAUGAAGGUGCUGCUCCGCGACCACCAGGGGAUGACAAUGCCAUCUACUUGCCUGAACGUGAUGAGGUUUCUCGCCCUGCUGGCAUGGAUCUUCAACCAGCACGACGGCUGAACGGCAAAACAAGGCCUGCCAUGUUGCAUCGAUUGAUGCGCGCACCAAUCGAGGGGGAGGAUGAUCCCUUUGAAACUCUUGGCCGUGUGAAUGCGCCAUCGUGGGAAAGAGACAGAGACGAUAGCUGGACUUUGGAGACAGUUCCAUCACCAGACUCAUCUCUUGACGGAUCCGGAGGUGGGGAGGAGGAGGAGGCGCCUAAUAGUCAGUGCGGUGGCUCAAGCCUGACAGCCUCACAGGAAUAUGAAAACUUCUUACAAAAAGUGCAGCACAACUUGCACAUGUUGGUGAUGGAGGAGGUGUCCCACAUUGAUGGCACGGCAGAUGAACAGGCCUGGUGCAUGCCCAUCUUGAAAGAGAUGCUGGUGCAAAAAGCGGAGGUUGAAGAGGGCGGUGAAGGUCUUAGACUGGACGCGAUGGUGAGCGAAGCCGAAUCUUCUGGUGAAGAAGCUGCGCUGAUGACGUCUGAUGAUGAAAAUGGAGAACCAUCGACUUCGAAGAGGCGCGGGAAGGGCGUUUCAACAUCCAGGAAGAGCGUGCGACAGUCGGGCUCAAGCAGUGCAGUUCGCACUACAUCCAUGAGUUUGACAUCACGCUCGGGCUUGGUGCACCAGGAUGGAAGCGGAUCUUCUUCGCCUUUGAGGAGGAGGACACAAUCGGGCUCUGGCAGUGCAGCUCGAACUACAUCUCAAAGAAUGACGGCACAGUCGGGCUUGCAUGGUGCUAUGAGCACUACAACUCAGAGUUUGACCUCACUGUCGGGUCUUAGCAGUGGUGAAGUGUCCAAGCGAUCUCAUGAGGCUGGGCGUGGGUCUUUGUCUUUGACGGGACGAUCGGGCUCUUGCAGCGCUUCUGGGGGAACUUCAUCAUUGGAUCCGAUGCCACGAUCGGGCUUUCAACUGGCAGCAGCGGGCGAACCUGCUGAGAUGUCAGCAUGCGCUGCGGAUGGUGGUAGCGUAGGUAGAGCAGUGGAAGAGAGACGGCCACAUGGGCUGCAGAUUUCCAAUCCGUG